AUCUUUCCAUCUUAGGCGGCUAAACCCUUCUACAGCCUCUUUAAACCCUAGAUCAAUAUGUCUCCGCCGUCCACUGCCACAAAAUCUAAAUGAAGCAAACUUUCAAAUUAGCAAACGCAGCCCAAAUCAUGCUGCCAUGCCUGCAUGGAUACUACCCUUCAAUGCUCAAAUCCCCCUUUCCAUUUACCCUCAUCAGUUCCACAUGUAACACUUGUUCCCGGGAACUCUUUGGCCAGACCCACUAUUCUCCGCUACCUGGCAGGAUUCCCAAAAGCAUCCUUGAGUUGUUCAUAGACAAGUUCUCUAACCCAGAGUACUUUUCGAAGGACGAUUUGAUUGCUCAGGUCUCUAAGUUGAGAGACGAGUUGGUGCAGUACGUUGAUCAUUUUGACGGGGCGACUAGUGUUUUAGGACAAAAAGCUAAUUGCCUGAUUAGUGGUUUUGCGGGUGGAAGAGGUUUUCUUGAGCUAUUGAAACAACUGUUUGCUUGGCCUCACCUCGCUCUGGAGGUGUGACCCCAUUUCAUUUUCUCUUCUUUUGUUUAUAUUUUGAUCUAGAAUCCUACUUCUGCUUUUUGCUUCUUUCCUUUAAUUUUGCAUCAUUUUAAUUUGUGAUGUUGUUAGAUUUAUCCUUCUUUGACUAAAGGGUUUUUUUUUUUUUUUUGCCAAUUUAUGAGUACUUGAAUCCCAUUUUCUAUUGUAGAAGACUCUAUCUGAAUCUUAUUUUAUUUUGGAUAAAAUUUGAAUGAAGCAUUUCCUACUAAAUGGCAUUGGUUGAGUUUUUUUGGGGCAUGGAUGGAACCAUUUGAAUUGUAGAUGUACCUGUGCUUUAGGGUUUGGUCUGGGAUUCUGUGGAGUUGAUUACUAAGAAAAUUUCAGUCAUCAU